CCGACGCAAAAGCUCUUCAAAAACAGAAAACAGUCGGACGGAAACAGAAAAGAAAGAAAUGCAAUCUGGGCAGUGAGCGGGGGCGUGAAGCGUAUUUAUCAAUUGUCCGGAACGAGUUUAGGGGAUUGCCGCCGAUCAGCAGUGCUGGAAAAUCCGCCCAAACCGCAGCCAGCGCCCGUACAGCCCCCACCAGCGGCUGGUUCAAAAACGUGAGAGGAAGGCGGGAGAACACCGGGAGAGAGAAGCAGGAGGCCAGGAAGCGGCGACAACAGAAGCAAUCAAGUGGCACAACGCAGGAGCAGGGAGCAGGAGCCGGGGUUUGGCUGGUGGCCAGGCAAAGCACGAUGCUAAAAGUUAAUUAGUUUGAGCGAAAUCAAAUUGGACACCCCGCAGCGGCUGCUGGGGUUGUGGUUGUUGUUGUCGUUCUCCCGACUCCGGGCGGGGUGUUCGCCAUGGAAUUCGCCGACCUGAUAAAGACCCCCAAGCUGGACGGCGUCUUGCUGCACGAUCCAGGGCAGGCGGGGACAGGUACGGGUGCGGGUGCACCCACGGUGGGGACGUUAUGCAUCACCGGACAUCAUCUGCUGCUGAGCGCACGCCAGGAGAACAGCCAGGAACUGUGGCUGCUGCACAAGAACAUCGACAGUGUGGAGAAGAGGCCCAGUCUGACACAGAACAUUGUGGUCGGCGGCAUAAUCACACUGAAGUGCAAGGACCUGCGCAUCAUCUCGCUGGAGAUCAAGAGUGCCAAGGAGUUUUUCAAUGUGGCCACUUCGCUGGAGGCACUCAGUGCGAUACAGAACACCGAGCUGCUGUAUCCUUUCUUCUACAGGCCCAUGUACACCAUCCUCGAGGACGGCUACACGAUGUUUAGGCCCGAGCUGGAGUUCGCCAAGCUCAUCAGCGGUGUGGGCAUGGGCGGUGUUUCCUCGCCGAAUGUGGCCAACAUAACAAUUUGCAUGCCGUCAACAUCAACGACAUCGACGACACUGGGCAGUGGCGGUGGUGGUGGCAUUCCCCAUCCCCUACAGAACGGCUAUGCGAUGGACGCCCUCCAAGGUGGUCUGGGUGGCGGUGGCAGCGCAGCCAUCGCCUGCGAGUGGCGCAUCAGCAACGUCAACAGAGACUUCAGCGUCUGUGCCACAUAUGGCGCCACGCUAAUUGUACCUAAAGCAAUUACGGACGAGCAGAUAGUGCUCUCCGCCGCGUUCCGGGACGGCGGACGCUUCCCAGUGCUCAGCUACAGGCACGAGAAUGGAGCCACACUGAUGCGCAGCUCCCAGCCGCUGUCGAUUCAGGGAAUCAAGCGCUGCCGGGCUGACGAGGCCAUCCUCAAUCUGGUCCUUGGGCGCAGCAGAAAGGGCUUUAUCGUGGACACCUGGGGCAAGGGCAAGUCCAACACGGAAACGGACCUGCACUAUUCGCAGUGGAAGAAGGUGAAUCGCUCGAUCGGAAAUGUCAGCUCGCCGGCUUCCAUUUUGGACAGUUUCUCACGGCUAAUAGAGGCCUGCAAUGAUCUGAGCUGCAGCACGGACAAGUGGUUGUCGCGACUGGAGGGCAGUGGUUGGCUGAGUCUGGUGCUUAACUCGCUCAAUGCCUCCUGUGUGGUGGCCCAGUGCCUGGAUCAAGAGGGCAGCCCUGUGCUGGUGCACGGGGCCAAGGGCCUGGACUCGACGCUGAUUGUCACCUCGCUGGUGCAGAUCAUCCUCAAUCCCGACUGCCGUACUGUUAGGGGUAUUCAAGCGCUCAUUGAGCGCGAGUGGAUCCAGGCGGGACAUCCCUUUGCCUCCCGUCAUCGGUACUCCUGCUAUACCCCAAGUCAGACGCGCCAGAAAACCUCUGGCGCCACCUUUGUGCUCUUCUUGGACUGCCUCUACCAGCUGUACACCCAGUUCCCCUGCAGCUUCGAGUUCAGCACGCAGCUGCUGAUCCUCCUCUUCGAGCACAGCCACUUCUCGCAGUACGGCACGUUCCUGUGCGACUCGGAGCGGGAGCGUCGGGAGCUGAAUGUGCACACGCGGACUACGAGCUUGUGGUCCUACCUGAACCGGCCGGACGUCCUGCAAACCCUAUUGAAUCCCCUCUACGAGCCCAAUGCCAGUGUGAUAUGGCCCUCGGUGGCGCCCAUCAGCUUGGAGCUAUGGAGCGAUCUCUAUUUGCGUUGGGUGAUAGAUCAGCGCAGCUGUGCCACAGUCAUGUCUCAGAUUCAGGAACUGGUGACACGCGAAAAGGAGCUCAGAACUCAGGCCCUCAAACUACGUAAGCAGGCCCUGGAGCUCGGCCAGGAAGUGUCGGAAAUGAUGAGUGGCAGUGCAGACGAUGCAUAGGAAAGGAUGCCUACCUCAGCAGCACCUCUCUAUCUCUUUUAUCUCUAUCUUUCUUGCAUGAUAUACAUUUAUUUUUGAUACGUUCUGUUGCAAGAUUUCGAUAAUUAUUAAAGCAAAUAGAUAGCAACACUAGGGUUAGGUCACUUAAAAGUUCCAUUUACAAGAAGAUUUAACUCAAUCUUGCAAAGACCUAAUAAUAGCAAGAUGAGUAACGCCACUUGAAUUUUUUGUAAAGGCUCCAAGCUCUCUUGAAAAACGGAAACUAAAACGCAGGAUCUGAUUUUGGAUUCACCUCGAGCACAACUCACUCAAUUUUAGGCAUAUGUAUGUCCAUUUUUACCGAAAACUAUAAAUCUACAGGAUAACGACAAAGUGAAACGAAAAAUAAAACGGAAACUCUUGUACUACUCUGUAAAUCGCUCUCUAAUCUCAGAUUUAUGAAAAACUGAAACUGCAACUGCACAUGGCAUUAACUAUCAAAUAAUUUGGGUCAAUUUUUGACGCAUUUACAUUUAUGGAAUUUUUAGCGCAUAAGACUCCGAGAAUUACCUAUGAAUAGUACUUACCUCUCGGAUCGAUCAAAUUUAGUAUUGUAUAAAUUCAAAAGAUUUGCCUUUUUGUAUGUACAUUUUUGAUUAAAUCGUAUAAAUCGGAAGCUUCAAAAGCGUUUUACAUUUACAAUUAUGCUGUGCAUGCGUUGAUACACACUAAAUAUGCAAAAACAUUACAUAUAUUGUACAUUAUACACACCUCUAUUAAUGUUUUGUAGCUGUUAUCCCCCACUCUAUAGUAUGUGUGUUUAUUUCGGAUUGUGAUCGUAUAUUUGAAAUGGCAGAAAUUUGUAUGUAAUUUAUAUUCAGAUAUUUACAUAUUUCUAUUGUGCGUAUUUUGUGUAAUUAUUCGCUUAAGUGCAAUAAAUACAUGUUAAUUUGCA